UUGUUGGUCUUCUUCAACCUUUCUCUCACUAAAAAAGUAGAGAAAGAAAGAAGACCGUUUUUUGAAACACAUUCUAGCUAGCACAAUAUGGGUAAUUGCGCGAGUGAACCAAAGACCGAUGAUUUUGCAUCACCAGCACCCGUGCUCAAGAAGGAGGAAGAACGUGACGAAUUAGUGUACACUGGGUUGGGUAAUGAAGAUAAGCAACCUUCUCUUGGGGCCUUGCUUAUGGAGGAAGAAGAAAAGGCAGCCCCAGUUCUUUCAAAGCCAAAAGAAACAGAGUUGGUAGUUGAGCCAAAAGAGACGAAGGUAGUGGCUGAGCAGAAAGAAGAAAAAGAAGAAGAAAAGCCUAAAACUACGACCGAGAAGAAAGAGGAAAUAGAUGCCGAGCAAGUGAAAGCACCUGAAGCAGAAAUAGUAUCGGUACUAGCAGAUACAGUUACCCAAGAAGAUAAGAAAUUCGAUGAGGAGAAGAAACUAGUAGAAGAUAUCAACGAGAUCAAGAAACCAGCAAAAGAAAGCGUUGAUAUCAAGAAACCGGCAGAAGUGAUCGACGAUAUCAAGAAACCAGCAGAAGAGAUCGACGAUAUUAAGAAACCAGCAGAAAAGAUUCACGAUAUCAAGAAACCAGCAGAAGAGAUAAAUGAGAUUAAGAAACUCGAACAGUAAUACGAGAUCAAGAAAACUGAAGAGAUCAACAAGAUAAAGAAACCUGAAGAGAUCAAUGAGAUAAAGAAACCCAAAGAAAGUGGUAUAGAGAUCGAAAAACCAGGAAAGAAUUAGCAAAUAUAUGAAAAGCCUGAUAAUUAAAAUAAUUAAGGAUGUCCCUGUUGGUUUGUUAUUGAAUUCUACCAGAACAUAUAUAAGUGUUCGUGAUUUUUUUUU